GUCGCGUCGCGUCGUGGCCCCGCCCCGCUUCCUAUGGAGGAUUUAUUUAUUUUCUCCUCCGUCUCCUCCUCCUCCUCCUCUGCUGCCGCCGCCGCCGCCGCCGCUGCUUGCGUCCAUUAUCGCCGAGAAGAAACAACGGAGGAACCACAGCGGGACGACGCGACGCUGCAGGCCGAGCACACCGCCCCGGAGGACGGAAGGAUGCGAGCCGACCGCGGGACGCAGAGCCGACGGGAGCCGCCGCCGCCGCUGAGCACCGGAGGAGGCACCAUGAGCUGGGACUAAACAGGCAGGAGGACUCCGCUGCGCCCGUCGCGGCUCUCGGUCGGGAUGUCUGGCGCGGCCGGACCCGCACCGCCCACCGGGGCCGGAGCGGAGCUGCCGGACCUGAGCCAUCUGACCGAGGAGGAGCGGAGGAUCAUCCUCUCCGUGAUGGAGCGACAGAAGAAAGAGGAGGAGAAGGAGCAGAGCAUGCUGAAGGAUGAGGAGGAAGUAAAACCUCCCCCAGCUUCGUGGAAUCCGUUCUCAGGGUUCAGUCAGUUGGUCAAUAAUGUUGCAGCCAAUGUGUCCGAAGUUCUGCAGGUUAAAAGUCCGACUGACAACGAGUCGCAGACGAAGUUACAUCAGCAGUUUGAAAUGUAUAAAGACCAGGUGAAGAAGCUGGGGGAGGAGCCCCCUGCGGCUCAGACGGCGAGGGCGGAGUCUCCCACCUGCGGCAUCUGCCACAAAACCAAGUUCGCCGACGGCUGCGGCCGAGCCUGCUGCUACUGUCAAAGUCGCUUCUGCGCCCGCUGCGGUGGGCGUGUCUCUCUAAGAGCCAAUAAGGUGAUGUGGGUGUGCAACGUGUGCAGGAAGCAGCAGGAGAUCCUCACUCGGUCGGGGGAAUUUUACCCCAACGCGUCGCCUCCACACGCACCAAUGCAGGGGGCACCGGGGGCCAUGGGGCCCCUGAGUAAUGGAGCUACAGAACAGAGGCGGAGCCCCUCGGCGUCGUAUUACGAUGGCGGCAGGAUGCCUCGCUCGCCUUCCGACCACGGCACGGAUCGCCGCCCCCGCUCGCUACACAGCUACCAUGGCAACGGCGAGGAGGAGCUACGCGUCCAGAGGCGACCGAUCAAAGACAGACGAGGCCGCUGGCACUCACAGGACCACCCCUUUGACCAGGUUCUGCUGGACCAUGAGUUACGGCGGCGGCAGGAGGAGGAGUUUCAGGCUCGCUACCGGAGUGACCCCAACCUUGCUCGAUACCCCGUGAAGCCGCAGCCGAGCGAGGAGACCAUGAGGAUGUUGGCUCAGGUCGGCCGGGUCCGCCACCAGCGUCGGCACAGCGACGUCUCCCUGGCUGCUGCAGAACCUGAACACCUCAACCUGAGACAUACAGCUGUCCGCCAGAAUCGGCCUCAGGGGCUGAUUGGUUCUGGAGGUCAGAGAUCGUUCUCGGUUGACAGGACUCCCAAUCAUCUCAGCCCUACAUCCCCUCGCCGCAGCCCACUGCCACACCAACUCUUGGACCCGAGCUCCGCCCUCAAGAGGAAACCCCCCAACGAGAGCAUGGCACAGAGGGGGAGGAUGAUGGGGAAGAUGCGCGUGAUUGGGAGUUUCAGCAGUUCAGAGGAGGAGCUGUUGACCACACCUGAAUACACCAGCUGUGAUGAGCCUGACAGAGACAUGGAGAGCCAAUGGUGGGAUCAUGGUGCCUGGCACAGCGAGCCUGCGCCUAUGUCUAUGCAGCCGGUCACGUGGCAGCCAUCCAAAGAUGGUGAGCGUCUGAUUGGUCGAAUCGUCCUGAACAAGAGGAUGAAGGACGGGACGGUUCCUGCAGACACAGGAGCCCUGCUGGGCCUCAAGGUUGUUGGUGGGAAGAUGACCGAGUCUGGCCGUCUGUGUGCGUUUAUCACCAAAGUGAAGAGAGGAAGUCUCGCAGACACCGUGGGACAUUUGAGACCAGGUGAUCAGGUUCUGGAGUGGAACGGUCGGGUUCUUCAGGGCGCCACAUUCAACGAGGUCUACGACAUCAUCAUGGAGUCCAAACCAGAACCGCAGGUGGAGCUGGUGGUGUGCCGACCCAUUCGCAGAGACGUUUCAAGGGCAGCUGACGCCUCCAGCGUUCACCUGGACUCCAGUUCCAGUUCCUUCGAAUCCCAGAAAGUCGGCCCGUCCAUCUCCGUCACCUCUCCCAUGAGCCCCAGCGUUCUGUCGGGACAGGUCUCGACGGUAAACAGGCGCCCUCUGGUCCCCAGGAUUCAGAUCAAGCUGUGGUACGACAAGGUUGGCCAUCAGCUGAUCGUCACGGUCCUUGGAGCCAAAGAGCUUCCUGUUCGGGAUGACGGACGGCCGAGGAACCCCUACGUCAAGAUCUACUUUCUGCCAGACAGAAGUGAUAAGAGCAAACGCAGGACAAAGACGGUGAAGAAGUCUCUGGAGCCUCGCUGGAAUCAGACCUUCAUGUAUUCCCCGGUGCACCGGCGUGAGUUCAGAGAGCGGAUGUUGGAGCUAACCAUCUGGGACCAGGCCAGAGUCCGAGAAGAGGAAAGCCAGUUCCUGGGAGAGGUCCUGAUAGAGCUGGAGUCGGCGCUGCUGGACGAUCAGCCUCACUGGUACAAGCUGCAGCUUCACGACGUGUCGUCCGUGCCACUGCCCAACGCCUCCCCCUACCUGCAGAGGAGGGGGCUGCAGACGGAGCCCUCCCAGAGCAGCAGGAGGCUUCAGAAUAAAGGUCCUUACUUUAACUCAGGAUCUCAGAGGAUCAGUGACAGCGAGUUUUCAGAUUACGACUGUGAAGACGGCAUUGGCGUGAUCUCAGAUUACAGACAAAAUGGACGAGAUUUCCACAGCUCCACCCUCUCAGUGCCAGAACAGGUGAUAUCGUCCAAUCACUGCUCCCGAUCUGAGCUGGUCCGCAGGUCAAGAUCGCCGAGCCAACCUCCUCCACAAAGUGGUAACCCUCUGUAUCCGUUGUACCGGGAGGACGCGGUGCGGCUGCUGCGAGGCUCCAAACUGAGUCGAGCGUACUCUGACGCCACUCAGUACAGCAGCCUCGACAGGCGACACCUCAGGAGAAUGUCUGUUGCCAACUCUCUCGAUUCCUAUGACAGACACUUUAACGGUCCUCAGCACACCUGGACAAACCAUGUAAUGAAUGGGGGUUGUGAGGAUUACAGUCAGGACUUCAUCCCAGACUUUCCCUAUGAGCCAGAUGCUUAUGAUGAGGAGCUGCUGAGGGCGAACGCUCGAGCUGGAUCCAACAUGACGAGCCCGACCGGAACCGCCGUCUGCCCCCGCCGAGGACGCCAGCUUCCUGUUGUCCCACCAAAAGGACCUCUGGAUCGAAGUGUGAUGAAGGACCCCACAAAGAUGAGGGACAGCCUGUCUUUUAAAUCAUCGGACAGCGACGUCAGCGACGUGUCGGCCAUGUCAAACGCAUCUGAAACCAGAACCGCCCUCAAGAUCAGUAAGGCGGAGUCUGUGGAGGGCCAGUCAGUGGACUUGGGUGCAGGAUCAGAGGGGGCGCAGGAAGGAGGGGCAGCCGCGGAGGGCGAGGCAACGCUUCACAAGAGCGAAUCGGUGGAGGAAGGACUAGAGGAAGAGGCUGAGUCUGCAAAGGCGGCAUCUACCUCUGUUGCUCCACUCACAAAGUCCUCCAGCGUCGGUGGGGAGAUUUGCUCGUUAGGCAGAAAUGACGACGACGACGACGACAAGAAGCGACGCUCCAGCUUCGGGGCGAAGAUGAUGGGAAUGGUCGGACUGGGAAAGAAGAGUCAGAGCGCAUCCCAGCUCAAUCCAGAGGAGGAGGAGAAGAAGAAGAAGGUGAUAAGACUUCCUGUCCAGAGGAGUGUAGAAACCGGCUUGGCCAUCGAGUUUAAAUCUCGAUUCACCCGACAGCCGAGUCGAGAUCCGGAUGCCGAGGACCCCAAACCUGGAGCUCUGAUAUUUCCAGGAGUGAAGUUGGCAUCAGACAAGCAGUUCACAGGAUUCCUGGAGGGAUUAGGUCCCGGCCAAUUGGCUGGACGGCAGACUUUGGCCACGCCCCCCAUGGGGGACAUUCAGAUCGGGAUGGUGUACCGGAAGGAACGGCUGGAUGUGGAGGUGAUUCGAGCCCGGGGCCUUGUUGGUAAACAGGGCAACAAGAACACUCCAGCUCCUUACGUGAAGGUGUAUUUAAUGGAUAAUGGGAAGUGCGUCUUGAAGAGAAGAACGCGUCUCGCAAGAAAAACUCUGGAUCCACUUUAUCAGCAGCAGCUACAGUUUGAAGAAAGUCCCGAAGGCAAAGUGCUACAGAUCAUCGUCUGGGGCGACUACGGACGGAUGGACCAUAAAUCCUUCAUGGGAGCUGCUCAAAUUCUGUUGGACGAUUUGGACCUGUCCAACAUGGUGAUUGGCUGGUUUAAACUGUUUCCUGCAACGUCAUUGGUGGACCCGGCGUUGGCCCCGCUAACCAACAAGGAGACAGAAGGCGCCAAAUCGUAGCAUCGGGAGACGGGAUCGACUGUCGUCGCAUUAAAUGGGCCGUGAGCGAGAAGGAGGGGACAAGCAGUCGCCGGGUCCAGUGACCCUCCUGUGCUCCUGCAUGCUGCAUGAUGAUGUCACAUUGAUGACGUACCAGUGCCAUGAAGAUGUCAUCCGGCGGAGGGAGGCUCCACCCCUCGAACGAGGAGAGGGCGGGACCGGUUCGGCAAAAGAUGCUUUGAAAAGAGAGGCCAAAAGACUUCAAGCUGCCAGCCAAUCACAGCAGCUCCUCCGAGUCAUGUGACAGGAGGCGACAUUAGGGAGCUAGACUUCGUUCUGCAGGAACAUGGAGGUCUGCUGCUGUAUGGUUUUGCAUGGAACGACAAAUAAGACGAGAGGAGUUAAAAAAAACAAAAACAUCUGAAACAAAAGCAGGAAAAAAAUAAAUAAAACGACAACGUUGGAAUGUCGCCUGAAAACUGCAAAAUAGUUGUUCUUUUCCAUCAUUUAUGAUUUUGUAAGAUAUCCCUGACAUACAUCUGUUUUUGCCGGUGUCACAAAUAACUCAUUUUUUCAGAGAUUACAUAACGUGACUUUAGAUCCAUGAAGGUUCUCUAAAAUAUUGUCCGUCCUGUAAGGUUUAACGUUCUGCUGCUAUGCCUGCUACAGCCUUGUUUAAAAAAAAAAAAAAAAUCUGGGAUGCUGUAUAAAAUGUAAAUAAAUACAGAAUGCAAUGAUUUGCAAAUCAUUCAAACCAUA